AUGGCCCACCAGGCAGCUCCCGGCCUCGCGCUCCGCACCGCGUCUCCGCUGCACGACUGGGGUCUCGCCGCAGUGCCUGAGCCCGAGGGCUACAGCAGCAGCUCGCCGGCACCCUCACCCGACUCCUGCGGCCUCUCACCCCCUGCCAGGGCACCACGCCGCGGUCCGGCGGGCAGGAGGGGAUCAGGGGCGGCCGGGGGCUCACGGCAGAGCGCCAGCGAGAGGGAGAAGCUGCGGAUGCGGCGGCUGGCGCAGGCCAUGCACCGGCUGCGGCACUACCUGCCGCCCGCGCUGGCGCCCGCCGGGCAGAGCCUCACCAAGAUCGAGACCCUGCGCCUCGCCACGCGCUACAUCGCCCACCUCUCGGCGCUGCUGGGCCUCAGCGAGGAGGUGCUGCUACUGCGCCGCGGGGCGGCCGCCCGCCGCUGCCCGCUCUGCCCCGGGGGCCUGGGCUGCUGCCAGCCCCCGCAGCCCCGGCCGCGCUCCCCAGCCCCGCAGGAGAAUUCGCCCCCCGGCUCGGAGGGUUGGGGGACCCCCCCAGAGCUGCGCGGGGCUCUGGAUGCGGGGACGGGGACCUGGGGGUCGCUCUCCAACGGCCCCGUGUUGGAGACCCGUCCGCAGCUGCACGUGGUUCCUGAUGCGGGGAUGGGGCUCUGGUCAUCACCGUCCUACAGCCCCACCGCGGGGACCCCCCCGGAGCUGCACGAGGCUCUCGCCUCCGACGUGUCCUCCUGGCCAUCCUCUCCUCACUGUGCAGUGGCAGGGACCUCUUCAGAUCCCCCCAGUGACCCCAUCUUCGACACAGGGCUGCUGCUGCCAGACUUUGUGGAUGCAAAGAUGGUCACCCAGGACAUCUCAGCAGAUCUGCUCUCUCUGCUGGAGGCUCUGCUCCCACCGCAGCCCCAGGACUGAGCCACGCACCAUUGGACGCCCACGACUUGCAGGACCCAGGGAGACGUGUGUCCCCCCUUGGACAGCAAGGGGGUGGUGAAAGCAAGGUGCUUGGAGCCCGGAUCCAUGCUGGCUGACUGUACAUAAUAUACUGUGACUGUACAUAAAUAAACCCCU